GGGAUUAGUAGAGAGAGCAGCUGCCCUGGGUGCACUCCGCCUCCUCUCACCCUCCAGUGAGUGCCCCUUAUCUGCAGAUAACGCCGGGUCCUCGACAAGAUCAGACCUAGACGGAACAUCCCCCGUGUCAACACAGACUCCAGCCCAAUACGCAUGGGACAUCUGGAUCUGUCCACUAACACCUGGACCUGAUCCACUGAUACCCGGACCUGUUCCUCUGAUACCUGGAAUUGAUCCUCCUAUACCUGGACAUGCUACUACCUAGACCUGCUCCACAUUGACACCUGGACCUGAUCAUCUGACACCUUGACCUGCUUUUCCCUGUGCCUACUCCAUUGAUACCUGGAUCGGCUUCUCCUUGGGCCUCAUCCUCUUAUAACUGGAUCUGCUCCUUUCUGGUCCUGAUACCCGGACCUGCUCCUUUCUAGACCUGAUACCUGGACUUGCUCCUUUCUGGGCCUGCUCCUCUGGUACCUGGACCUGAUCCUCUUAUACCUGGACCCGCUCCUCUGGGACACCUGGACACAAGCACUUUGACUUUUCCUUUAGGCACCGGAACCUAACCUGCAUUUCUUGGAUCUAACCUGCACCUCUAGAACAUAAGAUCUAUCGUGUACCUGGACAGAAGGGAUUAAGCGGAUCCCUAGACCAGAAGAUGUACCAGAGUUUGGCCCUGACCCCCAGCCAUGGCCAGGCGGCCUACCCCCACGACUCUGGCAAUUUCCUGCACCCCACUGCCAGCCCCCCGGUCUAUGUCCCCAGCAGCCGGGUACCAGCCAUGCUGCAGUCUCUGCCCUACCUCCAGAGCUGUGACGGUGGGCACCAGGGGCACCACUUGGGCAAUCACCCUGGGUGGGCACAGACUGCCAACGAGAGCCACGCUUUCAAUGCCAGCAGUCCCCACACACCCCCAGUGUUCCCCUAUUCUCACAAUUCCCCUGGGGGGAACAGCACUGGGAGGGAAGGCGCCUAUCAAGGGUCCCUGAUGCUAGGCGGAGGGGCCCGGGAACAGUUUGUCCGAUCUGUAAAUGGGUCCUACCCCAACCCUUACUCUUAUGUGAGCCCCGAGAUGCCCCCUUCUUGGGCUGCCGGGCACUUCGAAAGCACAAUGCUGCACAGCCUGCAAGGCAGACCACCCCUACCGGGGAGAAGAUCCAGCCUGGAGUUUCUAGAAGAAUUUCAUGGAGAGGGAAGAGAAUGUGUCAAUUGUGGCGCUAUGUCCACUCCUCUGUGGAGGCGGGAUGGCACUGGGCACUACCUGUGUAAUGCCUGUGGACUCUACCACAAAAUGAAUGGCAUCAACCGUCCCCUCAUCAAGCCACAGAAACGACUGUCUUCCUCUCGGCGAGCCGGGUUGUGCUGCACAAAUUGCCACACCAGCACCACUACACUAUGGAGACGCAAUGCUGAAGGAGAGCCUGUGUGUAAUGCCUGCGGCCUGUAUAUGAAAUUACACGGGGUACCUCGUCCUUUGGCCAUGAAGAAAGAAAGUAUUCAAACUCGAAAGAGAAAGCCCAAAAAUGUCAGCAAAGGAAAGACAUCCACAGGGUCUUCGACUUCAGCCACCAACUCCCCAUCCUCCAUAUCUAACACAGAUGGCACACCUGUACUAAAAACAGAGCCAGGGCUGAACCCCCAAUUUCCAGGGCAGGUUAUGGGGUCCAUGUCCCAGAGUCAGAGCCAUGCAGAUGAUCUGGUAAGCGGGUCUCACGAGCUGAAGUUUAUACAUGAUGAAUACUCCUAUAGUCCUGCUGCUCUAAGCCAGCAGUCAGGUCUCAGUCUGCCUCUCCGACAAGACUCGUGGUGUGCACUAGCACUGGCUUAAAUCUCAACUGCCACUAGACACAACUGAGAUCCUGAUGUCUUCCUGCUCCGGUGGGCAGCCACACACAGAGAAGGGACUGCUAAUUGUGUGUACAACUGGUGCUUCAAUGGGGGUUAGGCACUGCUAGUGCCAGACGAAAGACUUUUCAUUCUCACAGUGCAUGGAGAUGGGAUAGACCUUGGGUUUGUAAAGAUUCUUUAUCUCAGGAAAGAGAAGAGGACUUUACUGCAGCAGUUAUUGUGCACUUCAAGGUGGUGGGACAGGUAAUCAGGAGAGAUGUACGAGGCACUAUGCUCCACUGGGUAACUAUGCUGCAAUGACUCAACUGUAAAGGGAAACUUCCCUCAUAACCAAAGGGCUUUAAAGACUUCACACAAUACGGAGAACGGAGCUCCUCACCCCGUGCUUUUGAGCCAAGUUGAAAAAUGUCAGAUUAGGAGUCCGGCCAGUAAUUGUCACAUUCUACCUGGAGCCUUUCAUUCAUACAGAUGGAAAGAGAAUCCCAAACGAUACUUUCCUGCCUGAAGUUUAAUUCCGCACAACAGUUUAUCCAAAGAUUAUUUCUUGUCUUUUUUAAGUGCAAUGUUUCACAUAAUGUAAUACGGCGUGAAAUCACAAGGAGAUUUUAUUCUAACGUUAGAAAUGUUGUUUUGUCUUUCAAUAAAAUUUGUUAAUUGUUUUCCA